GUUGAUUUUGGCCAAAACAGACUGCAAAACUUUUAUUGAUAAGUUUAGGCUUUUUUAUGUCGACUAAUACUAGGUUGAUGGUUCUGUUGUGCUCUGGGACUUACGAGAAGCUUCAUCUUGGCACAAGUCAUACUGGACCACUGACCCGGCUGGAGAAUCAGUGAGAGAAUGGACACUUAGGUCACCAACUUAUAACUCAGCAACUGUUUUGAGGGAAGAAGGACACCACAGUUCAGUUGUUUGUGUGAGACCUGUAGUUUAUGCUUCUAAUGGACUUUCUUCAAAUAUAUCCCAUGCAUCUCAAGAAACCUUCCAAGUGAUCACUUUGGAAGAUCAGGGUAUAGUGAACGUAUGGGUGAUGAUGGAAAUAGCUCAACCUCAACUUAGUGGCUCAGAGACAGAUUUGGGUUUAGCACCAGGGGGAAAACUUAAGCUUGUAAAAGGAGCAUCUAUUCAUUUACAAGAUUUACCAGGAUUAUCAAGCUCAUUGAAGAAUGGCAUUCGUUGCUUUGAUCUGCAUGAGUUACCUUCUGAUCCUAGCCAUCUAUUUGUAACUACAGAUGCUGGUAUUGUGCUGCACUGUACUCGACAUGGAAGUAAAGCCAACCCCAGAUUUUAUAGGCCUAGCUCAGACGUGCUGGCUGAAGUUCGAUCUAUUGAUUUUUCACCACAUGGAUUGCCAUAUUUUCUAGUUGGAUGCAGUGAUGGUAGUGUGAGAUUAUAUAACAUGAAAUCAGACAAACCACUGAUCUCUUGGCCAAAUGCAACUAAUGGAGAGCCCAUAGUGUGUGUUCAAUGGUCAGCAAGCCAUCCAUCAAUGUUUUACGUUUUGGAUAUUUCUUCUCGGGUUCAUGUAUGGAAUCUUGUUGAAAAUCUAUCUUCACCAUUACAUUCUAGUCAUUUUGGUAAUGGCAUAUAACACAUUUUGCUGUAAGUUGUGAUCCAAAUAUCAUGUCCUUGGCAGCAUCUGGUGGACAACCACAACUUGCUAUCUCUAUGGACACUGGUGUUGUAGAAGUUCAUCAGCUGGAUUCCAGCUUUGAAUCUGUGGCCUCUUCAGACUAUGAAAAGCUUAAAAAUUAUAUGCUUAACCUGUAAAAAAAGUAACCUAAUGUAAGAUAAAACGAUAGAAUGUGAAACUUGGUAGUAUUAAGGUAUAUUGUAAUGGUGAUAUCACAACUUAUGAAUAGUCAAAAUGAAAUGUACAAGCAUGAGAAGUUAUAACACUGAUGUUGUGUUAUACACUCGAUUCCUAUAAAUCCGUCCUGAGUUUAUUAUAUCCAGGUUUUGCAGACAUUAUAAAAAGACAAAUAUACAAAAUUUAAUUUACUAAAAUUUUAAAAUCAUAGGUACUAAAUGUGUGUAGAAGGUUACACAAUCCAUAUUUUACUUAUUGUUAAAUAAGUGGAUGCAAUAUCACUUAGGUUUUUUGGAAAUGGUUUACAAACUGAAGUUAUCAAAAAGUCUGCUAAUGCUGGAUAUGUAUGUGAUAUAUUUUACUUUGAUUCUUAUUGGUUUGUGUAAAUGUAUCUAGUUAAAAGUUCAAGUCACUGGGUAUUAUAAACAGAUUUUUUAUUCUUGUGCACAUACUUAUAAAAAUGUAACCUAUGUUUUUGGUUAUUUUAUUUUUUAAGACUAAAUGGAGAUGCUAUUUUCUGAACAAUUCUUUGGUAAAGAUUGAGCCUUUGAACUGAGUUACAUCUUGAUUCAUGUAUCAAAUUUUAAGCCAUAGAAGUGAUAUCAUUAGAGAUAUAUAUUUAUAUUAAUGAAAUUAAGGUAAAAUGCAGUUGUUGCAUGUUUUUAACUUUUUAAGUAAAUUUGAUGAUAUGAUCUUUAACCAGACAAGUCUACGAAAGCAAUUGCACAGUGGUAAAGCUUAUUUGUCUGAAAGAUCAAUAAAAGUCCAGAGAUGCUCUAAAUGAACAAUUAAGUCAGAAAAAUUGGCUGGAGUUUUAAAGUUGAAGAGUUUUUGAUCUCUAAAAUAAUGUAAGAAUGAAUCUCCAGUAACUUUUCUAAACCCUCUUUAUAGGACAGAAAAUCAGCAGGUUGAUGAGGGAUUUGGUUAAGUUUUGGAAUUGGAAACUGCUAGCUGAACUUAGGAUGUGAACUUUAAGUUAGCUUUGGAAUGUUUUUGGAACGUAAUGGUGUGUUUUCUCAUAAUUAUGGAUGCCAAGUAAUGUGCCAUCUUGUGAGUUUUGUUGGUUGAAUAAAUAAUACUGCAGUGAUAAUAAAUAUAAUUGCUGAUGGUUAUACCAGUUCUGAUCACUUGGCUUGGAUAGUACUUGAAUAGGUUAUGACCUGAAAACCCAAGGCUUUAUGUAAGUUUUUACAGUUAAAUUACUAGUCAUAAGAAGUGUAUUUUAUGUUGUUUAUUGAAUUUAUAAUAAUCAAUAGUCAUUAGAACAUAAAACAUUUUCAAAAAAUGCACAAUAUAUAUAAAACACGUGCCUAGGAAGUAAAAAAAUAACACCAGUUUGUAAGAUCAAAAUAAUUAUGUUGGUCAUGAUUUCACUGAUUGCUGUAGUUCUGUUGGGAAUGUUAGAUAAGAAUCUUGGGCAUGUUAAGAUAUGAAUAUUAGGAAUGUUAGAUAAGAAUCUUGGGCAUGUUAAGAUAAGAAUAUUGGGAAUGUUAGAUAAGAAUCUUGGGCAUGUUAAGAUAAGAAUAUUAGGAAUGUUAGAUAAGAAUCUUGGGCAUGUUAAGAUAAGAAUAUUGGGUAUGUUAGAUAAGAAUCUUGGGCAUGUUAAGAUAAGAAUAUUGGGUGUGUUAGAUAAGAAUAUUGGGUAUGUUAAGAUAAGAAUGUUGGAUAUGUUAGUAUUCAUAGUGAAGUGUCUUACAUUAUGAAGUCUUUCAUUCAAGCACUUCCCUGUGUAAACAAGACAAGUAAUUAAAGAGACUUAUUGAUCUGAUGUUAGGCCUUGCUUUCAUAACUUAUUCUUCUGCAUUUGUCUUUAUAUGUUUGUUUUCGUCUAAAGAUAAUGAAACAUACCAAAAUUAGAUUAUUAUACAAGUUGUUGGUAGUUUAUUGCAGGUAUUAUAGUAUGACAAACUGUUUCAAGAUGAUAGUGUAUGUUGGUUUUUUGCUUUCUUAUGUGUAUUGGAUAGAAGUCAUUCUUCUAAUUCCUAAAGUGAAUUUUAAAUUAAGAGAAAAAUAUAUUUCUAGGGAAAUUUGACUCCAGAAGUGAACUUGUGUAGCUAUUAACAUAGAUGUUUCCUUUUUCAAUAAUUCUUCAUGAUUUUAAAUCUAACGUUGAACAUCUGGGUGAUUUUUAAGACAAAGUAAUGAACACUAGAUCAAUUAACUGUUUACAUAUAUAAUUUACUACUUCAUUAGAUUUGGAAAACUUGUACAGGUGAAGAACAAAAAGUAUUAUAAUCUUCUCUUUAACCAUUAGCUUGAACUUAUGGAACUCUCACACAACAAUCAAAGUUAGAAUAUUGUUAUGCAGAUUUUAAGUAUUAGAGAUAUAUUAUUAAUCUGUAGUUUGUUCACAAGAAUGAAACACAUAACUAUUGCAGUGAAAUUUCUGAGGGACAUGUGUCAAAUUUAAAAGUACAGUCACAUUACUAUUGCCUUCCGGUGGCUCAGUAGUAAGUCUGAAAAUUUAUAAGGCAAAAUUAUAAUCUGGGUUUGGAUACUUAUGGUGGACAUAGCACAGAUAUCCAUUGUUGCAUUGUGCUUAAUAACAAACACAUUACUAAUAUUUCCUUUUAAAGCAUUGAACUGGCAAAUUGUAGAAUUAUAAAUGGACUUUUAUCUACAUUAAAAUACCUUUAUUGCGAGCUUUCGGCCAUCUUACUUGAGCUUUCAUCUGGCAACAAUGCACCGAGCCACAUUGGCUCAGUUUAUUGUUGCCCAAUGAAGGCUCCGGUAAGAAGGCUGAAAGUUUGCAAUAAAAAUAUUUUAACGUAUAGAAAUGUCUGUUUAUAAUUCUACAUAUUAAUUUACCUACAUUAUGAAUCUUAAAGAAAAUGGCAACUUGUUAUUUCUACGUACAGAGCGACCCAAUGUCUGUUCAUUAGUCGCUUCUUACUACCCUACACAACCUCUGGACGAAUCUUUUACCUAUGGGCAAAACAUUUGAUUAAGGUUAAAGGAAAUAUGGGAUAAUUGGAUUGUGAUUAAUCAGCAUAUCGAAUCAUUGUUCCAUAAAAAUAGAUAAACAAUGGAGGAAAAACAAGAAAAGUAAAAACAAGUAAUUCAGCGUAAAACAUAGGACACUCGGAUUUCUUGUUUACGUAAUUUUUGGUAUGAUCUUGUGCUAAGUAUACAUACAUAAGAAGUUGCACAUUUGUUAUAGUGAUAAUUGUUCCGUAAAUAGGUCUAAGAUUUCUAGAAUGCCAGGAGUAACACGGUGAACAUUAUUAAUUUUGUAAUUGUUUGGUAAAAUGUGUAAUUGCUGUUUUUCAUUUUAAUGUACUAAUAUUUCCUGAUGUGAGUUAAAAUAAGUAAAUAACAUGUCACAACAAAAUUUUGAAAAUUGAAUAGAUAAUAUAACAAGUAACAUUUUGAAAAUUGGGUAAAUAAUGAGACAACAAUAGUUUGGAAACUGAGUAAAUGAUAAAACAGGAUAGCACUUGAUCAGUGUUUUAUAUGAUAUUACAUAAAAAUACAACUCAUUAUAAUUUUUAACACUUUGAGAACUAAUUAAGAAUGUGACAAGACACAAAGUGUGUGUGUGUAAUCUACCACAAAAAACAACUCAACUGAGGUUUUCUUUUAUGAAGUAAAGCACAAUUAAUUUUAAUCUUACUUUAUGUGUAUAGUCUUAAUGAAAGUUUAUUCACUAAUAUUUACCUGUGCAUUGUUAUUUAGAUUUCUGUUUAGAAUAAUAAACAUUCAUUUUAAAAUGCAAUGUAGUGUAAAAGUACUUCACAGCUGUUGGCUGUGGUCAGUCAGUCAGUAUAGCACAGCCAGAUAAGGUGUAUUAUAAUAGUGUGAUAGGUUAAAGAAAAUGAGCUGUUAAAAAUUACUGGUGAUCUGAUGAAUGUUACACCAUUUUACCUAACAAUAAGAAACAUCUUGUUUUAUCUGCAGUGUUGUGAUCAUGUAACAUUAAGAAUAUGUAAUAUGGUGAAUGGAAGGUUGUGCACACUUUAGAUAAUAUAAUUUCCAAAUGUGUUGAACUUAAGAAAUCUUAAUAAAUUUAUUAAGCAUGUUACACAUUAUGUUAUGUUCAAUAAGCAUGUUACCUAUUGUCAUGCUCAUUAAGCAUGUUACACAUUGUAUUAUGCUCAUUAAGCAUGUUACACAUUGUAUUAUGCUUGUUAAGCAUGUUACGCAUUGUAUUAUGCUUGUUAAGCGUGUUAUGCAUUGUAUUAUGCUUGUUAAGCAUGUUAUGCAUUGUCUUAUGCUCAUUAAGCAUGUUAUGCAUUGUCUUAUGCUCAUUAAGCAUCUUAUGCAUUGUCUUAUGCUCAUUAAGCAUAUUACACAUUGUAUUAUGCUCAGUAAGCAUGUUAUGCAUUGUCUUAUGCCCAUUAAGUAUGUUAUGCAUUGUCUUAUGCCCAUUAAGCAUCUUAUGCAUUGUCUUAUGCUCAUUAAGCAUAUUACACAUUGUAUUAUGCUCAGUAAGCAUGUUAUGCAUUGUCUUAUGCCCAUUAAGUAUGUUACACAUUGUGUUGUGCCAAGAACUUAAACAUUUAAAUGAGAAUUGAAUAUUUUUUUAUUUAAUUGAGAAGAGUAGCUUAAUUUAUUGAUCAUAUGUGUAUUAUGGUUCAUGUAAUGGUAAAUUUUAUUAAAAAAAACAGUUUUAUUAUUUAUUUUUUCACUGUAUGCACGUCCUCAAUAAACUUACGUUCACUUUUAAAUUGUGAUUUAUAUAAUUCAGCCACAAUUAAUGUUUGUUUAUCAAGAAAAAGGAGUAAUUGUUUUUCACAGAAGUAUGCCAAGGUUUUUUAAAAAUUAUUAUUUAUUGUAAACAUUUUACUGAAUUGGAUCAUACAAUUUAUUACAUGUAACAGGUAGCAAAUAAGUUCUUAGACAAGUGAUAAUUAUUGAAAUUUUUUCUCAUACAAAUAUUGAAUUAGAUACUGGCUGUAGUAUGAUAAGCAGUUUUGUGAAUUGAGUAUUUUUUUGUGAUUAAUAUUCAGGAUUAAAACUGACAUAUUGUGAUUCUUUUUUUCUUCUUUCUUUUGGUGUUUUAAGUAGAGUUCAUUUUUAAUUUCAUUUAGUGUGUUAUAUUUGGAUACCUUAUCCACUGUUGAAUUUUUGAUGAAUGGAUUCUGUUUUUUUAUUUUUGUCUUAUCUGUAAUUUUUUGUGUGAUCUUAGCUGUGAUCUUUUAUAACUGGAAAAAUUACAUUAUCAUGCUAAUGUUGUAGAAUGCUGUAUUUGCUUAGUCAUUUUUCACCAAAGUUCUUAUAUCUGUCUAGAUAAUACUGUUUACCUACCAAAUUGUAUUUAAUGUAAUUUUAUUUUUUAUCUGUAUACAGAUAAUAGCAUUGCCAGUGUUAUGUUGUUGUUUAUAAGUUGUAUAUGAAUGCUUAUUUCAGUAUUAUUUAAAGAAAUGAUCGAAACUGUUGUUUUGUGUUCAGGAUCUUUUUUUUAAAAGGAAUUAUGCAAUUUUUUUUAAACAACCCACAAUAAUAUCCCAUAUAUAGGCCUUUUAUGUUUAUGAAGUGAACUUUGAGCCACAGUAACUCUGUUUCCCUUAAAUAUUUGUUUUAGUGAAACGAACUACAAAGAACAUUAUUUUAAUAGUCUUAUAACAAGGAGUUAUGAUUUGUUCUAGUUUUUACCACAUUGCUGAAGACAAUUUACUCUUUUAGUUGUGGAUGCAUUAUAAGAGUGACAGUCAAUCCCAUUUUUCAGUUCAGAUCUAGUAAAGCCAUUGUUGUGGCAAGUGUUGUUGACUGGUGCCUUCCCUCUGGUCAGAAGCUCAAAAUUAGACAUGGUUAGAUCUGAAUCUUAGGAGCAUCUAACCUGUUCUUUAAUCUAUGAGAUGUUGUUCAGGACCAAUACCUUUAUAAUAAAGUAAAGCAGAUGCUAUAAUAAUGAGAGUUUGUGAUUUAUACUUUGAAAACAUAACUAAAAUAUUUUAUGAAUUAUAUUUUACCUUGAGUUUUGAAUGUUACUAUUGUUUUUGUAUUAGAUGCUGGAGAAAAUACCAGAUAAAACUUCAAUAAUUGUUUCUUAAAAGUGUUCACAGACAUUUUUUUUUUUUGGAAUUUGGGGUUUAACUAGAAAUUAUUAAUAAAUAUAUGAAUAUGAUAUUAGGUUGUUACAGAAAUUGGGAUUAUGCUGUUAAAAAGUUACAUAAAACGUUUUUUUUAUAUUAAGAAUGAAAUAUUACUGAUUUUGCCAAUAUUCAUCUCUUGGCAUUUCUGUAAGGACAACACUUUUUUGAACAGAUUAUUAGAAAUGAAGUAUCCAUAUUGAAGCACAGCAGUUUGGUAGAAUACAUACAGUAUUAAAAUAUACAACUGGAUGAAUGUAAUAUCUUGUGUUUGGGGUUAUCAAGUUUAACUUUAAAUGAUUGUAUUUAAUGUAAAAUUGUCAGUAGGAAAAAAUUAAUUGAAGUGAUAAAAGUUUAAGUACUAAAAAUUAUGUUUGUUAGAAGGUUGCAAAUACUCUUAUUAUUGUACACACUGCUUUUGAAUCUUCUGUACACAUGUAGAUUUUAUUGUAAAUAAAACAUUGGAAUUGAA